AUGCGCUAUUAUCAACAAAUCAUCAUUGCUGCUAUAUUUAUGCAAUUAUUGGUCUCAUGUUGGGCACGAACACGAUUUAUAUCUGAUCCAUUACUAGCAACAUCAGGCUUGUGGAAUGACGUUGAAGAAAUUGAUAAUACUGAAAAUAACAAUGAUCAUAUUUUUGCUGAAAGAGCUAUACCAUGGGCAAUGAAAGCCAAGAAAGCAUAUCGUGCUGGCUCUCGUUUUGAUGGUGAAGAAAGACGAAAAAAAUAUCUUGGUGAACCAGUCAAUUAUCAAGGUGGACACAGUCUUCAAGGUCUCUGGGCAAUGCCAGGACGACGUUAA